AUGCCAUCUGACACUCCUGAGGAGCAAGCUAUCGGAGAGUAUCAACGUUUAGAACUUCUCUCGCGAGACAGAGAUACGCUGAUUUUUAAGGCCUUUUCGACGAGUGAUGGAAAAGAACUGAUCUGGAAGGAAUUGAAUGUGUCACGAUGGACUCAAUCCAAUCGCUAUUGCUUUAUGAAUGCCCUGAAAAUGGUGGAGGAAUUUCAACCCGUGGACUGUAUUCUGAAGUGCUUUGCUCACAAAUACGAUCCAAAGCAACAGAAGGUGAUUUACAUAACGGAAUCGAUAUCGGACAACGUGAUGAAUGCUCUUCGCCCCGUUGGUAUGGUCUAUCUCCAAGUAAUUCGAAAAUGGGUUCGCUGUUUGUUGAUGGCUCUCAGCUAUCUCCACUAUGAAGCCCCCUUUUCCCCUCUGAUUCAUGGACAUUUGCAGUUUCCUAUCUCUCUUCCUGCUUGUUCAUUAGAUGCCAUAAUGUGCUUUUCGUUCGAGGAGAUGGCCUUGUGA